AUGAGUAUGAAGUGCGUUACCCCCAAUGGUAAGAGUGAAAAGAAUUUAACAGGAAAUCUUAAGGAGGGCAAGGGAAAAAAAGUCAAGGAAAAGAAAAUAGCACGUACAAAUGGCAAUGAUGUAAAUAAAAAUUAUAGCGUGAAAAAUAAAGAAAUAUGUAACUUAGGAGUUAAUACAAAAGAGGGAGGGGGAAGUAUGACAAAUGCACAUAAGGACUUAUUAAAUAAGGGGAAGAAAAAACAUGAGGUCCGUUUUGUAGAGGAAUUAUCGAAUGAUGAAUAUAAUAAGAUUAUAAAAGAUAAGAAGGAUAAACAUAAAAAUGAAAAAAAUAAAAAAAAAGAAGAUGUACAUGUGUUAGAAGAUAAACAUGAUAUAUUAAGAAAUAAUAUUUUCAAUGAAUCAAAAAUGAGCUUAGAAAAAACAAAGUCUUCUAAAGAUGCAGUAUGGCAUACAUAUGGAAGCGUGUCAACAAACUUAAAUUUUAAUAGUUACAGUCUUGGUAGUAACGAAUUUUAUUACAACAAUAGUAUUGAUUAUAACAAUAAUGAUAUGGACCUUAGAUACAGGAUUGAAUAUCAUUACAGCAUUGACUAUAAUAAGAACGCUACUUCUGCUGGUAAUCACUUGGAGUAUACUAACAGUGCUAUGAAUAGUAGUAAAGCUUAUUAUUAUAGUAAUACCGACAAUAAUAAUAACCAACGGAAGAACAAUGUAAGUGCACAAAAGGAUAAAUGGGAGCAUAAAAACAUUAGUACUAUUAACAAUAGAAGUGAGGACGAUACAAAGAAAAAACUUUUUUUAUCUGAAAGAGAAAUUUUUUCUUCUAGUACAGAAUUUAUUCAAUUGGAGGAUGUAUACUCUACAGGAGUGACAAUUAAGAAAGGUAAAGAGGGAAAAAAGGAAACUAAAAUGGGGGAAGAUAAAAAGAGCGUAGACAUGUCUUUGGCAAGGGUAGAAAUGCUAAAAUGGAAGAGCACAUUUGAUGAUAGUAACAAAUUUAAUAGUAUAGAUUUGAAUAAUUAUGGUAGAAAAGGAGAAGAAAAUCCAUAUAAUAAUUCCAAAACGCUUGAACAAGACAACCCUAUUAAUUGUUAUAAUUUCAGUUACUACAAGGACAAACCAAUGCCUAUAGAACUUCGUAACACAUUUUCAAAUGAUUAUUUUUAUCAUGAAAAAGACAGUAAUAUAGUAGAUAAAGAUAUAGAAGGAGGAGUUUAUAGAUUAAGUUCCACUUCUUUUUUUGAUGAAAAUAAAAGAGAAUAUGAUUCUAAUAGGUAUAAUAAUUCACAAAAAGGAGGUGGUGGUGGUAAUCUAAUUUUAAAUGAUCUAAAAUCAGGCAAAUAUACAUAUGCUUAUGAUGAUGGUAUGAAAAAUAAUUUAUCUGAGUGUCAAUACAGCCAAGUUAUGGUGGAUUCGAAAAUACAACAAAAUGAUAUGUUCACAUAUCAACGCGAAAUGACUAAAUUAGAAUAUGAAUUAAAGGAAGAUGCCUGCUUAGAUACAAAGGAAGAAUCUUUUAGGAAGAGAUAUACAAAUGAAAAUAAAAGCAAACUGGUGGAUGAUGCGGUAGCACAAAAAAUGGGAGACCAGGUUAAGGUUGACAAAAGUGGGAACCCAAUUAUGGAGAAAUGUAAAAAAGAACAAGAGAGUAGUAGUAUAUUAGAAGAAAAUCCAGAACACACAGGAGUUAGUAUAUUUUUUAAAGAUGAUCGAAGGUUUUUCAAUUUUGAUAUUCCUGCUAGCGAAAUAAUUGAUAGAAAAAAUAUUGAAAUAAUGGAAUUAAUAAGUGAGGGUAGCUUUGGUACUGUUUACAAAGCAUCAUGGAAUAAUAAAAUUGUUGCUCUAAAAAAAUCGAAUAUACAAAUGUCCUUAGAGGGUAUGCGAUCUGUAGUUAGAGAAAUUAAUACGUACAGAUCCAUUUCUCACGAUUAUGUUGUGCAAUACUAUGGAGUGUGUAUAGAUGAGUCUUUUAUUGGAAUAAUUCUUGAGUACAUUCGUAAUGGAAAUGUGUUUGACUUAUUGUAUAAUAGCACAUCGAUUUUAUCGUACGAGAAUCAACUAAAGAUGGCUACGCAGUUAGUGGAUGUAAUUAAGUAUCUUCAUGAAGAGAAAAAAUUGAUACAUAGGGAUUUAAAAACGAGCAACGUGUUGUUUGAUGAUGAGUUUAAUAUAAAGAUAUGCGAUUUUGGGAAAACAAGAAAACUGGAUAAGGAUGGAAAAGUCAUUUUAGAGGAUAAUGGAGGGUCUCCGCGUUACAUGGCCCCCGAAUGCUUUAUUGAAGAUAACACCAUUAAUGAGAAGUCCGAUAUAUGGGGACUUGCCUGCUGCUUGAUUGAAAUUUUUGCAAGGCAAAUUCCUUUUCAGCAUAUAAAACAAAAAGAAGAUGUGGUUAUUGAAAUUUUAGUAAAUAAGAAAAAGCCAAAUAUUCCCAACUGGUUUCAUCCUGAAUUAACGAGCAUGUUAGAAAGAAGCUUUUGCACAGACCCAGAUAAAAGACCAUCAUGUAAAGAGUAUUCACAGUUGUUCCAAAAAUUUUCAACAGUGAAUACAAAUGAAAAUCAGGAAAAGGCUUGA